AUAGUGACCUUUGUUUUUGUCAGAUUUAAUACUAUGAUAAGUCAAAAUUGUAAAGGUCAAUCAACAUACUUUGUGAUAACUUUGGAACAUCACAGUUGAAUCGCGAAUAAGUGUGAUCCUUUUUCUUUAAUUUAAAUUAAAUUAGUAUCUAGUGAUAACCUACGCCUAGAGGUGUAAACAGCUAUGGUAACUGACGAGUCGUUAGAUCUCUUGUUUUCACCUAGUAAGUGGACAAAAAGAGCUGUACCUGACGUUAUAAAGCUACAUAUUGACGUUGUUACUCAAGCAAGCAAAUAUGCAAGGAAAAAUAUUCCUUGUGAACUAAAUGUAGCUUAUGGAUAUGCAGAAAAAGAAAAAUUGGACAUUUACGGAACUGAUCUUCCACCAGAUGCUCCUAUAUUUGUAUACAUACAUGGUGGAUAUUGGCAACAGCUAGAUAAAGAUAUUUCUGCAUAUUUGGUAGAAAGCUUCCAUCGAAAGGACAUCAAAGUGAUUGUUAUCGGAUACACAUUAUGUCCAAACUGCACACUUAAAGAGAUAGUUCAAGAAAUCCGCAACGCCUACGUGAAAUGUUUGGAGUAUGCCAAAAAAUGUGGCUCUAAAGGAAUAUAUGUAGGUGGUCAUUCAGCUGGUGGUCACUUAACCGCUUCUUUAUUUCAAGAAUUCUUCUGUUCAAUGCCAGAGGUUGAUCAACAUUAUUUAAAAGGUGUAGUGUGCAUAAGCGGCGUAUAUGAUUUGGUACCUAUUGUGCGAACGUAUGUAAAUGAUGCAUUAGGUCUAACCGAAGAGUUGGCUAAAGAGUUAAGUCCACUUCAUCAAAGCAUAAGAGCCAACAAGACUAUACAUUUCCUUGUAUUAAUUGGACAGCAUGAAAGUCCUGCUUUUCACGAACAAUCUACGUCAUUUUAUCAGAAGUUAGUUGAGAGUGGUUACAAUGCAGAGCUUGUAGAAAUAAAAGACGUUGACCAUUUUACCAUAGUAGAAAAUUUAAAUGACACUAACAGCAAGAUUUUUACGCUAAUUACCAAUGCCAUAGAAAAAAAUACUUUAAUAUAAAGAUAGUAAUGUAACAUUUUUACAGUUGAAAUAAAGCAGUGUAAAAAAUUAA